AUGGCUUCGACGCAGACCGGCCACGUCCCGACGGGGAUGGAAAACUUCACCGUCGGGCUGAUUGGCAUGGGCGACAUGGGCCGGAUGUACGCCGAGAAGCUGUCGGAAGCUGGCUGGAGCAAAGAAGCUAACUGUCGACGAACAGAUGUAGAAACCUCACAAUUGCUGCUCCCAUUUCACCUUAGAAUCCUGGCGUGCGACAAAGAAGAUAGAUACGAUAGCCUUAAAGAGAAAUACAAUGGCAAAAAGAACAUUGAGAUUCUCCGCAACGGCCACCUCGUGUCCCGCGCAAGCGACUACAUCAUCUACUCGGUGGAAGCCGCCUUUAUAGACCGCGUGAUUGCUCAAUACGGACCGUCAACGAAAAUGGGCGCCAUCGUCGGCGGCCAGACAUCCUGCAAGUCCCCCGAGAUCGCCGCCUUCGAAGCCCACCUCCCGUCCGACGUCUUCAUCGUCUCCUGCCACUCCCUGCACGGGCCCGGUGUCGACCCCCAGAACCAGCCGCUGGUCCUCAUCCAGCACCGCGCGCCGGACUCGGCCCUCCGCAAGGUCGAGACGGUCCUCGGCUGCCUGCGCUCGAAAUACGUCCACCUGACGGCGCAGGAGCACGACCGCAUCACCGCCGACACCCAGGCCGUCACCCACGCCGCCUUCCUCUCCAUGGGCAAGGCCUGGCACGCAAACACCCAGUACCCGUGGGAGCUCAGCCGCUACGUCGGCGGCAUCGAGAACGUCAAGAUGAACAUCAUGCUGCGCAUCUACUCCCAGAAGUGGCACGUCUACGCCGGCCUCGCCAUCCUCAACCCCGAGGCCCGCCAGCAGGUCGCCCAGUACGCCCGCUCCGUCACCGAGCUCUACAAGCUCAUGCUCGAGGGCGACCUCGCCGGCCUCACCGCCCGCAUCUACGCCGCCCGCGAAAAGGUCUUUGGCCCUUCCUCCAAUGCAUGGGCCUCCCGCCCGCUCAUCGAGCCCUCCAUCCUCUCCUCCUUCUCCCUCGGGACACCCACACCCGAGACACCCGCCAGGCCGAACAACCAUCUCUCCCUCCUCGCAAUGGUCGACUGCUGGGCCGCCCUCGCCAUCGUCCCCUACGACCACAUGCUCUGCAGCACGCCCCUCUUCCGCCUCCGCCUCGGCGUCACCGAGCACCUCUUCCGCAACACCGACAUGCUCGACCAGGCCCUCCGCACCGCCGUCGACGACAAGCGCUACCGCAGCGACGACCUCGAGUUUACCUUCGCCGCCAGGGGCUGGGCCGAGUGCGUCUCCCUCGGCCACUUCGAGACGUGGGAGAAGCGCUUCGUCAGCACCCAGGAGUUUUUCCAGCCGCGCUUUGCCGACGCGAAAAAGGUCGGCGACGAGAUGAUGAAGAAGGUGCAGGCGAGCAUGGACGAGGCUUUGAAGCUGGAAAAGGAAUGA